AUGGGUAAAAAAAGAGGAAGUAGAUUUGUUGAGGAACAAAGAAAGAAGAAACGUCAAGAUCAGGAUGCCUUGCUUUCUGUUGGGAUUGCCAACCUCGCAAAUAAUGUUCAAGAGGGUUUAGCUGAAUCAGAUCAAGAGACAGAUCAAAGUGCUAAUUGGGAAGAUGAAGAACAAGAAUAUGAAUUGAAACCUCGAUCAUUGAAAAAUGAAGUGAAAGAUUAUAACGCUUUACCUAUCAAAAGGGGAGGUAAAAUUGAAAGAGUUGUGAAAAAGGUUGAGUCAGAAAAUGAAUCAGAAAGUGAAGAAGAAAUUGAAGAGGAUGAUGAACAAGAUAAAAAGUCAAACCCUACUGAAGGACAACUAAAUGAUGAAAAUGAAGAAGACGAAGAGGAGGAACCUGAUACAGAGGAGAAAAUCAUGCUUUUGAAAGAAGAGAUUGCUGAUUUGGUUGAAAAACUAAUGGAGGAACCUGAAGAAAAUAUAAACAUGCUUUCAAGAUUAUUACGUAUGGCCCAAUCUAAGAAUCCAAACACUUCAAGAUUCUCAUUAUUAGCAUUGGUUCCAGCAUUCAAAACUAUUAUCCCUGGUUAUAGGAUAAGGCCCUUGUCAGAUCACGAAAAAGCUGAAAAAGUCUCAAAAGAUAUUCAAAAACUCAGAAACUUUGAACAAACAUUGAUUAUCAAUUAUAAAAAUUAUAUUGAUCUAUUAACGGAACUUGCUAAAAACACUAAAAAUGAUCAUUUAAUGGCCCAAUUUGCAGUUAAAGCAGCUUGUGAAUUAUCAGCAUCUUUUAGCCAUUUCAAUUACAGAUCAGAUUGUUUGCUCAUAAUAAUAAGAAGAGUUUGCAAACCGUCACCAAAAAAUGACUCCGUUUUCUCAGAUUGUAUCAAGACUUUAGAAGUUCUUUUGAACGAAGAUGAUGCUGGUGAUAUCUCUUUUGAUAUAAUCAGAUUGUUAUCCAAGACCUUGAGAUCAAGAAAAUUCAAAGUUGAUGAAAGUGUUAUCAAUGUCUUCCUUUCAGCAAACAUUUUGAAUGAUUAUGACCCAAAUGCAUCAGAAGAAGAAAAAGCUGAAAAAAUUAAAUUGAAAAAGAAGGAUAGAGUUCAUUUAUCGAAAAAGGAAAGAAAAGCUCGUAAAGAAAGAAAAGAAAUUGAAGAAGAAAUGCGUAAAGCUGAACUUGCAGUUUCAGCAGAGGAAAGAGAAAAAUUCCAGGCUGAAAUCUUGAAGAUGUUGCUGAAGGUCUAUUUGGAUAUCCUAAGAGAAAACUCUGAAAGAUUAAUUGCGUCGGUUUUGGAAGGUUUAGCCAGAAUAGGUCACAUGGCUAACUUUGAUCUUUUGGGUGAUUUCUUGGAAGUUAUCCGUGAAAUUAUUAGAAAUAUUCAAACAGAUGAAAAAGGAAUAGGGCAUUCUGAAUCUCGUCACGUUUUACUUGGUAUAGUGACUGCCUUUGCCUUGGUUUCUAAUCAUUCUCAAUAUAAAGUUCAGGUUGAUUUGUCAAGUUUUGUUGAUUCAUUAUACUCAAUUUUGUACCAGGUUUCAUUUGAUGCUGAUAUUGAAUUUUCUCAUAAAACUUUGAGAUUGGCAGAUCCUUUGAGUAAUGAUUUUAAGAAACCUUCCGUUAAUGUUUCCACAAAAAUUGAACUUUUACUAAAAGCUUUAGAGAAUGUUUUUUUCAAAUCCAAAAAUGGUUCAAAAGUUAGAGCAUUAGCGUUUUCCAAAAGAUUAACAAUGUGUUUAUUAAACACACCAGAAAAGUCAUCAAUUGCCAUUAUCAAAUUCAUGGAGAAAUUAAUGUCCCGUUAUUCUGAAAUUGGUGGUCUUUUCUCAACAGAAGAUAGAGUUGCAAACGGUAGAUUUUUAAUGGAUUCUGAUGUUCCAACAAGAGCCAACUCCGAAGCUGCUACAGUGUGGGAAACUUUGCUUUUAGAGAAUCAUUAUAGUCCAGCUAUUGCAAAAGGUGCAAAGAAAUUGCUAGCUCGUUCAAAAGAAGCAUAG